AUGGCCUUCACAAUGCACUCGCAUUCCGGGCAAUUCUGCCCCGGCCACGCAAAGGAUCAGCUUGAAGACAUCAUCCUCCAUUGCAUCAGCAUAGGAUACAAGACAAUGGGUCUUAGCGAACACAUGCCACGGACCCAACUGUGCGAUCUAUAUCCAGAAGAACUUGCGCCUGACCCGCACGCCUCCCUCGCGGAGCUGAUGCCGCGCCACGCUGCCUACAUGACCGAGGCGCGUCGGCUGCAAAAGAAGUAUGCCGAUCGCAUCACUCUGCUCAUCGGCUUCGAGGGCGAGUUCAUCCGGUCCGAGUACGCCACCCUGGUGCGCUCGCUGGCCGACGGCAGAGGCGACCCGUCCUACUUCCAAAACGGCGACAGCAAGCUCGUCGCCGACGCCGGCAGGGUCGACUACUUCAUCGGCUCGCUGCACCACGGCGCCGGCGGCAUCCCCAUCGACUUUGACCGCGCAACCUACCUGCGCUCCGUCGAGGCCGCCGGCCCCGGCGGCGAGGAGGCCCUGUUUGUGCACUACUACGACCAGCAGUUUGAGAUGCUCCAGGCCUUGAGGCCACCCAUCGUCGGCCACUUUGACCUGAUCCGCCUGAUGAGUGAGGAGCCAGGCCGCAACCCCAGUGUCUGGUCUCCGGACCGCGUCUGGCCGCUCAUCAAGCGGAACCUCGAGUUUGUCGCGAGCUACGGCGGCUGGCUCGAGUGCAAUUCAAGCGCCCUUCGCAAGGGGCUGGCCGAGCCAUACCCGUGUCGGCCGAUCGCGGAGGAGUGGGUCAGGCUGGGCGGCAGGUUCACAAUGUCUGAUGACAGCCACGGCAUCGCGCAGGUUGCCACGAACUACGGGCGAGCCCUGGACUACCUCGAGUCGCUCGGCGUGACCGAGGUCUGGACAUAUGACCGACCAACAGAGGGCACAGGGCUCAUAGAGAAGAGCGUAUCGUUGACGGAGUUUCGCGCGUCUCUGAGGGUCCCGACAAUGGUGUCCAAGCCAUCAUCAUAG